UCGAAGGCUCAAAAGAAAUGGUGAAGGCUAUCUAUCCCGCAGUCGUUUGGGAGCCAAAACAGCAGUGUCACUGACAGUAUUCGUGUUGCUAUCUCGAAAUAAUAAUGUACAUAGAAGUGACUCAGUAUUGUGUAAGUGUAGGCAGCUGGCCGGAACCUCGGAACGUGAUACUACUAAGUACUUGCUGUUAGGAUCGAAAAGCUGUGUCCAUCCGUAGCAGAGUGUGGUUCUAUGCUGGCGAUGCCACUUUCAAUAUCCCGAAGUUUCUGCUGAGAAUUGGCAAUCAUCUCAACGAAGGAGAGAGUGCGGCAGCUCGGCAUUCUGCGCUGCUGGGUUGACGGCUGAGGUCAGCUUCUGUAAAUCAGCCCGUCAGAUAGUAUCCGUGAAACCUCAACGAUGCAACGAAAUGGAGAGGUAGUGGCCAAUGGACGACCUGGCAGCGAGCUGCCGCCGUCCCUUGAGAACGGUCCUGGCAGCCGGCUUCGUAGUCACACAUGUGAAACAGGCACUUUUGACAAGGAAGCAAUAGCCGACGAGGAGAAGAAGAGGAAGAAGCCAAAGAAGCGAUCGCAGAAGAGGACGGUCAAGGCUGCUGCGUUGGAAACGCUUUUCUUGCAGCUCGGAGAAGAGCGUUUCCAGGCGGGCGACUUUCUCUACACCUUUCUGACAACGUACCGCUACUUCACCCGGAGUGGCGAGGUCAUCAAGGCCCUACAGAGCGUGUACCGUCAGCAGAGACAGAAUCUGCAGUUUGCGCAAGCGCCUAGUCAGGAUGAUGCCGUGUUUUCCUUCGCAGACCCGCCAACUUCAAGUGGUACGAGCAUCCCCUAUGCAUCUCCUGCCGGCCCCUUAACUGGACGCGGCAUGUCGCUCUCCACCGACAAUCUGUCCAGAGCCAGUGGGCCACGCGGCUCCAGCGGCUCUUACGACCUCACAGCUGCAUCGCCCUCUCUACAAUCUGACGAUUCUCUGAAUGAAGAUGGGCCGCUGAACGGUGAUGCGAAAAAAGAUGAUUCAGACAUUUUCCGGCCAAGAGCAAGGCUGUAUCAGGGAACUGUGUCUCGACCCGGCCGGACGCGGCGAAAAAUGUUCUGUUCACUAAAGAAUGAAGAACAUAAGUCUGAGCCGAGAUUAUCGGUAGAUUCUCCAGGACACGAUAGUCAGGAGGAGGAUUAUGAUGGUGUCCUUGCAGCGAAAUCCUGUCCGACCACACUCGACUCCAUCAACAUGGAGAAAGUGGUGUUCCUGGAGCGCACGAUGAGCGACACGCCGCCCACGGAUGUGCCGCUGUGUGACCAGCUGCUGGCACACUCCACCAUCGGCAAUAGCGAUUUAGUGUCCUCCACUGCUGGUAGGAUGGGUUUGCAGCGUUCACAAGAAGCUGUUGAUGAUGAGUAUUCUGAGGCCCGGCUGAAGCUUCGCGUGUCCUCUGUGUGUGGUGCCACGUCACCCAUCGUGUCAAGGAAAGGAGGUCUGAAAUCAAGAUCCUACACGUCCUUGGUUCCGCUAGCAAAGGGUGAUAGCAAAGAGGAUUACUCGCAGCCUAAGGCGCGAUGGCCAUCUUUACCUGCAAUUAUUCGGAGAAUGGAUAAUCCCCUCAGCUCGAAAAGUUCUAAAGAACACCUCCCAGCUCGUGCACCUGCCACAAUAACCUCGGACUUUCCUUCUCCCGUAAUUGUUGCAAAACCAUUGCGGCCGACUGUGUCUGGAGGGGCCGAUAAAUCCCAAAGCGAAACAUGGGCCAAAACACGGCGUUCGAUGCCUAUGGUGGGGUGUUUUGAUUCUGCAGGCAACGGAAUAGAGAGUGCCAGUAGCUCGGGCGUCCUGACAGAGCACCACAAGUCUUCAACAGAUGUCUCCCGAGCGCCGCCUCGGUCUGAAACCAGUGGGCCGGCAUCGGUGGACAGGUUACACAGUCGACCGGGAUCGGACUGUCGAGACGCUGGCAGUGCGGGUCACUCAAGAUCACCGUCGCCGUCCCUACCAAGGGCGCCUGUGUCGCAGCCACGGGAUCAAAAAUGCUCUCCGCUAACGCUACGCGUCUUCAAUAUUCUCAAGCAGUGGAUAAAGACCUUCCCGGAUGAUUUCAAUGAGAAAUCAAUGUCUCGCCAUCUUAUACUCCAGUUCAUUGAGGAGGUGAAGCAGAGUAGCAUCAUGGCUGAUGUUGCACUGGCAAAGAACCUUAACAAGUGUUUGCUGCAAGCAAGCAGUGCUGCAGAGUUAGGAUCUCCCACUGACAAGGCCGCGUUGUCGAUGUCAGCCUUCUCCAACGGCAAAGGGCCGAAGCUCUCUACCUUCUCGCAUCAGUGUGUGGCCGAACAGAUGACGUUGAGUACACACCAGGCGUUCUGCCGCAUACGACCUGGAGAACUCUGUAAGCAGGCUUGGAAGCGGCAAAAUCGAAGAGAAAUUGCCCCAAACGUGUGUGCAGUCAUUGACAAGUGCAAUCGCCUUGGUAACUGGGUACCAUCUGAGAUUCUGGCUGGCAAGACAGCUGCGAAGCGUGCCGAUGCCAUUGAGAAGAUCAUUCGCAUUGCUUUCCACUGCCUGGACCUGCAUAACCUCAAUGACACACUGAUCAUUGCCUACAGCCUGCAGAAUUCUGCAGUGGAGCGCCUCUCCAAAUCAUGGAAACUGGUUCCGUCCAAGGUUAUGAAAAUGCUGGAGGACAUCAAGAAGGUAUGCUCAGCAAACGAGCGUUAUCAGGCCAUGCGCACGUACAUACAUGCGUGUGAGCCGCCUUGUGUGCCCUUCAUCGGUGCCUACCUAGACAUGAUCUAUGGCAUUGAUGUCACCAUGAACACAUUCGACAAUAACGGCUUUGUCAACUUCGCCAAAAUGGUCCGCCUCUCGAAACAGAUCCGAGAGCUGGUCCAGUUUCAGCAAGAACAGUACAAGGAAUUGGAGUUUGACCUGGUGACACAGCACUAUCUUUCCACGGGCCUUGUCCUUGAGGACGACGACGAAAUCUUCACGCUGUCCCUGGAGCGAGAGCCACGUGAAGCACAGAAGACAAUGGACAACGUAACCAACAGCGAGUCGUCAACGUCAAUCUUCAACUGAUUGCAAUGAAUCAGUCUUCUACCUCGUUCCGUGGAGCGGAUUCUUCUCCGAUGCGUACACAGCGCCGGGCCACAGUCAGGAUGACUAACCUGGAGGCAACAGCAUAUUGCUAACAUGCAGUGCUGACCAAAGAAACCCAACCUAAUGAAGAAAGUAGCGCCGCGUUAGAGUGCACAGAAGGAAUGUGUAGCGCCCGGCGCUAUUUUAUUCAUGAGGUUGGAUUUCUUUGGGUCAGCAUGACGACAGUGCUACGGGCACUUCAAACGGCCACCGUUCCAGUGAUCUGUGUGCUUUGUGACAUCAAGUGUACACAAAUUGUGUACACUUGAUGUGGCCAGCGAGCUGCCAGAAUGAGCUCUCGGCAGUGCAGGCCCUGGCUGCGUGUCCGCAGCACCCUAGGUUUUUUCCUUGGCACAUUUCUAGUCUGCCAACACUUGUUCCCACCAAUGUUCCUUACACCGUAACUUGAACUGCUGCUACUAUAAAGCAGUCCGAAUCAAAUUACGAUUUCCGUUCCGAUCAAUUCAAUACUGAAUUAUUAUUUCUGUGCUCACCACCAUCAUUUCCCUAAGAAUUCGCACACUCCAUCCCAUCACUCAUUCUCAACACGCACUCAACGGCCUCUCCGCUGCGCAAAACUCCUUCUCUUUACCGAGAAGAGGAGUUUUGAUCAGCAAGAAACCACUCGAGUCUGUGUUGAAGCUGAGUAAUAAUUAUCAUCAUUUCACCAUAUGCACUGCAUCCGCAUACAAAUCUCCCGUUAUAACUUCAUUGUGCAUGCAUAGCGAGCAAUGAAUGCUUUUCCUAGCUGUAGCGGCGCAUUGUCCACCACCUUGCUGGCACUAGGCACAUCCAUAAGCGAUUACUUGUUCUUACUCAGUAGUGCUGAUCAUAUUAAUUUUGUCUGCUGCCUUGCUGUUAGAUCGAUUAGUUUGUGAUUGUAUACACAUAUAGUUCUCUUUGCCGUGUACGGUGUUGGUCUGUAGCACUGUACAUCACCCGACUGUGGGACACGAUCAUGUAUGUACAUGUACUGUGCUUUCUGCCAAUAGUUGUCCAUUCUCUGUAACACUAGCUUGGCAACCAGUCAGUUCACCAUGGUUCACACAUGUGAUGAGCCCUGCUUCCCUGCUCACCACCACGCAAAUGCUACGCGAAAUAAGGAUUUUUUUCGAGAAUGUGUUGGCUAUUGUACAUUAUUGUACUGUUGUACGCUUUGUGCAUGUGCUGCAUAUUUUGUUGGUCACUAUUUAAGAUGUCGCCGGCUCUUGGCCUUGUGACAUCGGCAGCACAGUAUGAUAAUU